UCUCUCCAGGUCUCACGAUGACUCUGCUGUUCCGGUAGGUUUCAAGUUGCUUGCCAGUGAAUGCAGGCCAUUGAAUGGCUUGCCGCUGCCUCUUUCCCACAGAUUAUGCAAUUUCAGCAUGACACAUCGAGCUUUACUGAAUUGGCGAGGUAGUCGGAUCGCUGCCGGUAUACCUCGCUACGGCAGUUUGUUGACCCUAUCGGGACGCCGUGAUGGACACCUACCAAGACACCUAUCUCACAUCUCCACCAGAGGCGUGUCGCUGUCAGGCGACAGAAGAAGAAAUUCUGGGUCAGGACAGUCCUCUUACAUCAAACUCAGGUACCCUGAAAGAACGACGCGAGGCCAAGAAUGUCAAUUUGGGCAUUUUUCCACGCAAGCAACUACUGCUGGUCAAGUCUCCAACGAGAAAGAAGAUGAACAGGACAAUCCACAAAAUGCCACCACAAACAAAGACGGCAGCAGCGACCAAAAUAUCGACUCCCUUCGUCGCUUGGCUGAAUUUUCGAAGCCGGAACAUUCCUAUAUUGCCUGGUCAGCUGCUACGCUGUUAGUCACCAGCUCCUCUACUUUGAUUCUUCCCACGGCUUCUGGGAAAGUUCUGGAUUUGAUAUUGAGUGGAGAUCCUACCGUGUCACCAACUCUUGUGGCAGCUGGAUUGUUUGGCCUCACAGCGGCGGCUGGAGCAGGAGUAUAUGCUCGUACGCUUUGGCUUCAACAGGCUGGUAACACCUUGGUGGCGCGUCUCAAGGGAGAGCUUUAUCAAACCAUGCUGAACCAAGAAGUGGCAUACUUUGAUAAGACCAAAACCGGUGAUCUCAUGACUCGCUUGUCCAAUGAUACAUCCAUGAUCCAAUCAGCCGUCACAACACAAGCGGUAGCGGCAAUGCGAGCCAUUGUUAUGUCCACUGGCUCUGCCGUCAUGCUGUUUCAAACUUCGACAACAUUGGCAUUGGUGUCAUUGGGGACCUUGCCACCACUCUUCUUGGCAGCUCGCCAAGUAGGCCAGACAUUGAGAGAAAAGCAACGUCAUGUACAAGACCUGCACAGCCAUGCGUCGUCACUAGCUGAAGAAGGUCUCAAUGGCAUUCGAACCGUGGUGCAGUUUGGAGCGCAAUCCUUGGAAUCCAAACGAUACAGCGAGGCUGCCUCCAAUGCUCAUGACCAUGCCAUUGCUACGGGACGUACGCAGGCAUUGUUCGACGGAGCAGUUCACGUAGGUGCCAAUGGCGCCAUUUUGACCGUGCUGGGAUACGGUGGUCACUUGGUCCAAGCAGGUGCUAUCACGGCUGGUGAUUUGACCGGAUUCCUGCUCUACUCGCUCUUGAUGGCGGGCAAUGUCAGUUCGCUGAGUGGCACCUAUGCCGAAGUCUUGAAGGCUGUGGCAGCAGCCGACCGCGUCUGGGAAAUUCUCGAUCGCAAACCAGCAAUGUCAUCGUUAUCAUCACGCGAUAAUUCGCUCGACUCGAACAGAAACUUUGACCGCCCCUUGCCGGUGGAAUUUUCAAACAUUCAUUUCGCUUAUCCUACAAGGUCAGAAAAGUCCAUCGUGGGCCCCAACUUCAGCCUUACCGUGCGACCGGGAGAAAUCAUGUCUAUUGUGGGUGGAUCAGGAAGUGGAAAGAGCACCCUGGCCAGUUUGCUGACACGUCUAUAUGACAUUGAUGCUGGUUCCAACGAUGGCAAUGAUGGGAUCAAGGGUGCAAUCUUGGUGGACAACAAAGAUAUCCGCGAUUGGGAUGCCAAUGAGUUGCGACAAUCUGUGAUUGGCAUUGUCUCACAGGAACCUUGGCUCUUGGAUGGAAGCAUAGCUGAGAACAUUCGAUACGGUCGACCCACUGCAAGCGACGAAGAAGUUGAAGAGGCAGCCAGACUGGCAAACGUCAUGCCGUUUGUCCAAGCAUUCCCUAACGGCCUUGAGACUCAAGUGGGGCCACGAGGAACACAGCUUUCGGGAGGUCAAAAGCAGCGUGUUGCAAUUGCUCGACUGAUACUUAAAGACCCUCCGGUGAUCAUUCUGGAUGAAGCUACUAGCGCCUUGGACGCCCAAAGCGAGCAUCUUGUCAAACAAGCAAUUGACUCCGUGAUGAAGGGAAGGACGGUCAUUUCCAUUGCUCAUAGGUUGUCCACAAUAAGAGGGUCAGAUAGAAUUGCCGUCUUGCAGGAUGGACAAAUAGCGGAAGUGGGAACUUUUGAUGAGCUUGCUCAAAAGACAGACGGUGCCUUCAGGGCGCUCAUGGGUAGACAGCUGAUUACAACCUCAGGGUAA